AAAAACAAAUCAAUGUCAGGUCAAUCGCAACGAAAAUAUUUAUUUGCAUUUUAUAUUCGCAUUUCGCAAAUGUAAUUUGUUCAACAAUCAACAUAAAACUUUAAUAAUAGCUUGAAGGAAGACACAGAGAUUUAAUUAAAUUAAACGACCAUUGUUUCUGAAGUAUUUUAAUCAUCGUAUUAACCGAAGAAGCAGGGCGUGCCGACAACCCUUGUAGUUGAUAUCGUAGUAUUUUUCGUAGAAAUCUUGUAUCAACUCUUCUACCUGCGAAAUAAAUAUGGCCAGUGAUUUACUGCAAGUUAACUGUGAUAUAUGUAACGAUGUGGCUCACGAACCUUACAUAGAAUGUUGUGAAUGCGAUGUGAAUAUUUGCAGUGCAUGCUUUUCAUCAGGCAAAGAAAAAGAUGCCCAUAAAAAUGAUCACAAAUAUGCAAUAAGGAGAAAUGAUUUCCCGCUUUUCGAGAGCUGUAAUUGGUCAGCGAAAGAGGAAUGUAAGUUGCUGUCAUCCCUAUCUACAUACGGUUAUGGAAAUUGGGAGGAAAUAUCCAAGAGCGUUCACACGAGAACAAAACUAGAAUGUCAGGAACAUUAUAAGAAGUAUUACAUAGAAAAAGUUCAAUAUGACGAGCUCAAAUUGAUACCAGAAACUGAACAGUCACUUUUUCCCAAGCCGUUAACACCUUACUUGUAUAACAAAGAGAUGAGUAAUAACCCACCGAGGAACAACCAAUCGGAUCAGCUGUUAGCAGGUUACAAUGCAUACAGAUCAGAAUUUGAGCUAAGUUACGAUCAUAAUGCAGAGAACAUAUUUAAUUUUGAAGACGGCUACACAGAUGAUGAAGAUGAUGAAUGUAUGGAUGCUUUAAAAAUUAGUUUGGUUAAUGCUUUAAACACUAGACUGAAAGAGAGGCAGCGUCGCUACAACAUUAUAAAAAACCACGGUCUAAUAAUGCCAAAUAAGCUGUUGUCGUGGCUCAAAGGUUUUGAUAUGACUUUGCUGAGGAUAAAAUCUGAAAAACUGCUAUCGUUUAUGCAAUUCAUGACAGGAAUGCAGUUUGAUGCGUUCAUAGAAUCAUUAAACUUAGAAGAGGAACUAUUCAGCAAGAUUAUAAGGUUGAUCGAGUACCGUAAGAAUGGUAUAAAAACAUUGUAUUCCGCCAAACUGUUUAUGCAAUUAAAACAACAUAAAGAAAUAGCAAAUAAAGAGCAGAAGUUUUCCACGCAUGUCAUGCAAAAGAAGUUUGACAGUCAGUCACCUGUUAAAUCUAAAUUAUGGUUCGGUAAUGUGAUGAAAAGAAAUAGAAAAACAUCAAUACCUUUAGACAUUAUGGAUUUACCAGGUUUUCACCUCUUAUCGGACAGUGAAAAGACCCUGUGCUCUAUGAUAAGGUUGAUACCUUAUAAUUACCUCGAAAUUAAAAAGUUGUUGUUGGCUGAGAAUAAUAAAAUUGGAUUCCUACGUCUGCUGGACGCGAGACGUAUAAUUAAAAUUGAUGUGAACAAAACAAGGAAGAUUUAUGACUACCUUCUGGCUGAAGGUUUCAUUUCUAAACCAUAGAAUAAAGAUUGCUUGAAUUAA